CUAUCGAGCAGUUUCGAGCGUUGGUUGUAAAUCAGAAUUCGGGUGUGUGUUCUUCUUGGCCAAGGAGAUUCCUACGUUUGGAUGAAAUUUUUCUUCUGCGUAGCAGUAAUUGUUUUCCCAGGGAGUACAUAGUGCGUUUCUGACUUGUUUUGGAAAGUUCCGGAUUUUCUCGAAGGAUCGUCUUCCUUUUGGUUCCGUUGUUACGGAGGAAGAAGUGAGAGGUAUCCACUUUUUCCUGUGCAGAUUUCCUUCCCGCAUUGCCCCAACAAUGUUGUCCGUCGUUUCGUAGUAUGUUAUAAAAUGCGGUAAUGUGUGUGAGCAACUUCCGAUAUUAAAGUAUGAAGUAAGAGUAAUAAAACAACCCAACACCAGAGAACACAUCUCUAUUCGCGCAAGCAGCUCGACUUGGAGUGAAGUUGAGGCGUACUGCGCGCCUCGCCUUGCGGAAUAUAAUUGCGCUUUUAUGAAGUUUUAGGGUGCAAGUGCAGCUCAGCCCUGCUGACGACGUACUAAAUGUGAAAGUUGGUCUCGGGAAAGUGCAUCGUCGUCUGUCUAGAGUGGAUGAUCGCGAGAGUGCAAGUUUGCCGGGGUCUCGUUGCGGAAGUAUCAAAAGUUAAGGUUCAACCGUUGUAAACAAGCGACCAGUUGUGGAUACGCGCGGCGUGCGGGGGGAAGCACGGUCCAAAAGAAGAUAUUACGUCGCAACACGCGGCGCGGUUCGGUACCGUUAGAAUUUGGAUGUACUACCCGCAGAAGAAAGUAGCGGUAAUAGCAGUGAAGACUAGGGGGUUGCGAAAUUGCAAAGUGAAAAAGCGUGACGACGACGACGGUGUGCCAAAAUAAACAUCCAUUCAUUUACUUAGCUGAAUCAGCAUCAUGGAAACAGUGGCCCCACGCACUAACGGUGGUCUGCAAAGGCAGGAAUCACCACGGAAAAAUCAGCAAAACAGCAGCGAACCAGCAUCCGGCGGGCUUGUGCCGCCAAGUUCUAAAACCAGCAAUGGUUCCGGUGACGGAAACCAUCAGCAGCAGUCGAAACCCAAGGAAGCAAAGCAACUGAAAGAACUGCACUAUGUGAACCCAUUUGUGCACAAGCUAAUCUGGGACGAUCCGAUUGAUAAAGUUAAGACCGCCUUCCUCACAGUAUUCCUGCUGCCAUUCCGGGUCAUACUAAUCUUCAUAUGUCUGCUGAUAGCGUGGACGAUGGCCAACAUCGGCCUCUACGGGUUAUCACGGGAGGAACUGCGAACCAAACCUCUAUCCGGUUGGAGGCGAAAGCUCCGCGAGUUCACAGCGCUAGUGAUGCGUACGCUCUUCGUGCUCGGUUCCUUCAACUACAUCCGGUUCAAGGGCGAGCGGGCGUCCCCGAAGGAAGCUCCGGUGAUCUGCGUGGCCCCUCACACCGCCUUCUACGAUUCAAUCUGCGUGAUCCUGUUCGGGCCGUCGGCCGUGGUCGCCAAGUACGAGACGGCCUCGUUGCCAUUCUUCGGAAAGCUGAUCGACUACGCCCAGCCGAUCUACGUGUGCCGGGAGGAUCCCAACUCGCGGCAAACGACAAUCAAGGAGAUCAUCGAACGGGCCAACUCGAAGGAGGACUGGCCCCAGAUCUUGAUCUUCCCGGAGGGUACCUGCACCAAUCGGACCUCGUUGAUUCAGUUCAAGCCGGGCGCCUUCUACCCUGGCGUUCCGAUCCAGCCGGUUCUGGUUCGGUACCCCAACAAGGUCGACACCGUCACCUGGACCUGGGAAGGUCCAGAUGCUUUGCAGCUGCUCUGGCGAACGCUAACCCAAUUUCACACGUUCUGCGAGAUCGAGUUCAUGCCGGUGUACUACCCGAGCGAGGAGGAGAAGCACGAUCCGAAGCUUUACGCCCGGAAUGUGCGCAAUCUGAUGGCCCGGGAGCUGGGUAUACCGAUCUCGGACUACACCUUCGACGACUGCAAGCUGAUGACGUUCGUCAAGAACAUUCACAUGCCAUAUGCCGCCUUUAGUGCGGACAUUGAGAAGCUGCGAAAAACUUUGGGAAUGCAUAAGAUCAACAUUGAGGAGCAACUGGUGAGCAGUACGGAUAGGUUUACCGAGGACAACAGUUACCUGAAAAUCGAAGAAUUUGCGGAAAGGCUGCAGAUACCGGUCGACGAUGAUUCCACCAAAAAACUGUUCCGGAUAUUCAUCAAGCCCGAACGAUCGAUGGAAUCGAUAGACUUCCGAGAGUAUCUGUUGAUGGCUCUGUUCAUCGUUACCCUCUACUCCCCGAAACUGAACUACAUCAAAGUAUUAUUCGAGCUAAACGGCGAACGAGGACAGGUUUCGCGACAAGAGUUUUACAGCUCAAUCAAGUUUCUGGUGAAAAUUACUCCUCAAGAAUCGGAUGCCAUCUUCCUAGCGGCCGACAGUGGCAACUUUGGGCGAAUUUCAUUCGAUCAAUUCACCAAAGUUUUGGAAAAAUAUCCCGCUGUCCAGAAGAAACUUCAAAAAAAUAACGAUCCCAACAAUAUGAGGCUUCCAUAAACACCACCUUCCAGGGGUAACUCUUUUUGUACUGAAAAAAUAAAAACGGAAACCAGAAGUCCCCGGGUAGCGAGUUGAAGCAAACACAUGUCGGAAGAAAAUCAAGGCUGAACCUCCCGCAAGCUGUGUUUUAAAAAUGUAGGACGUCAACCUAUCGAUGCACUCCGCAACGGCGAACGGAAUCAGCACCACCAAGUUACUUAAGCCCGCUACUAAUUUAUUAUUUAUUAUCUGCCGCGAGCUGAGCCGGCCUCUAUUCUAAUAUCAAGUAAACUAGACAAACCGAAGUAAUUGAACCAUCCUCCUGUCACCGCGACGGUAUUGUAGCAGUAGUACCGGAUCAUAUCAAAGAGAGAAUGGGGUCUAAUUUUAAACUAGUAACGAGCCAGACGCUUUUUCUUAAGUAUAAUACGUUUUAAAAGUGACCAGACCAAUGCUUCAACUACGAAACUGACUGAUAUUUCCAGGAUCUUUAGUUCUUACUUUCAAUAGUUAUUAUUGAUCAUCGAAAAAAAAAUAGAAACAGCUCAGUGACUGUUCAACAAAUGUAUGUCUGUGGAAUACUCGCCUACAUCGUCGAAUGUCUAGUGACGAAGACGGUUCGAGACAACUGACGUUCGCGGAUAAAUCCGUUUCGUGUACAUAUAAAUAUUGGCCAUUUUGGAUAACCUGAAGAAAAAAUUACACAGUUUAUAAGAAGGAGAAAAAAACGCAUAUUGUUUCGAAUCAAAUUUGAAACGGAUACCGGGAUAAAAAAAAAACAAGAGAAAAACACAUCCACAGUAAUGUGGCUAAAAUUUUACGUUUGAGAUAUAUUUGAUGGAAAAACUUUGAUAUUAAAAUUUAACUAAGUUGAGCGAUUAGAUGUUUAACGAGGGGGGGAUGAUGAGAUGCGUAUGUUGUACACCAGGUGUAAUGUAAGCAUUUAGGAUCAACAAUCGUUGUGGGACGAUCGUGUUGAUCGUUCGCGAUGUGACCAUAGAAGCUAGAGCGCAAAAUGUGUCCGUGUAAUAAUCGAUGGCAAUUGUUGUCGUGUGCUGAUGGAAAUAAAAUGCAAAAAUUGUCCAAAA